AUGCCGAUCAGCUACACCAACAGCACAACAUCGGAGGCCAGCUAUGACAGUGGUUGUGCAAAGACUUAUGGGGACUUUGGGGUUCCUGACCGUUGCUAUUGUGGACUUUGCUGUGUACUAGAAGAGUCUACAGCACCAGAGACACGCGGCAGGAAGUUCUACUCUUGUCCUUCUAUAUUGGGCGAGGAAAAUCCGGAUCACAUUUCCAAAUGGUGGGAUGAUGUCAUUGAGGAGCAGCUGACGAUUCUUCAGCGCAACAUCGACCAGCAGAGUUCAAGGAUGAGUUCCAUGAUGGAAAGUUCCAACAGAACAGCCCUCUUGCAGUCAUAUGAGGAUCGUCUCUAUGCCUUGGAAGACCGCAUUGCCAGAAUGAAUAACACCGUCACUGAGAUCGAGGAGUUCAUAGGCUACAUUCAAAGUGAAGUGGCUGGAGUGAAAGAUUCACUGGCUAAUCGAGAAUAG